GGUUUAGCACAAAGUGAGACAGUUUUAAUAUCAAUAGUACUGUCUAUUUGAGUGAUCACGUGAUAGAUUGGCAGACAUUGUGACCAAAACAGUGAUAAUAAUAGCAAAAGAGUUGAUUAACUAAGAGAUCAGUUGUUGAUUGAAGUACUUGUGGUAUAAUUAGUUGUAUUGAAGGAAUGGGUCAUUUGGUGUUUGGAAAGUUGGCUUUUGUGCGAAACAUAAUAUAUGUGCGAUUGUCUCCAUACGAACAAAAAGCUUUACCACACUUUUGGUCCCACACUUGGAAAGGAUUCAAAAGAGACUUCAAUAGUGUCUUUCCUUACGCCGGACCCGCCUUUCUUCACGCAUAUCUCGUAUAUUUGUGGGGAACGGCUGAGAAUGACAGACUCAAGAGGAAGAACCCCAAAGACUUUGAAAAUGAUGUCUAAAUUAAUGACUUAAUUAAUCAUUAAUUAUAUCUUUAUUUGAUUUCAAUUUUCUGUUGAAUAUAUUUACAAUAUUAAUGUCAGUAAUAAUUAGUGUAUUUUG